GGACCCAAGUACCUAGCUAGGCUAUCAUGCCCUUACCAAGUUUUUUUGUUUGUUUGUUUGUUUUGAAAGAUUAGGCUAAGCCUUAGAUUGAUAUGGCCCAGCCCAAGCCUUUAAAGAACGGCUCCAGAUAUUAGCCCCCUGACCAAGAUUUCAAGAGGGAACGACUUGGGAAAACAACCGCCUUUAGUCCAUCUUACUCGGGCAGAUCACCCUUACUCACUCUGUAUUUAGGGUAAAACACCGCAUGGCCUGCAGCCAACGACGAUCAAUGCAUGCCACCCUCCAAAAAAGUACAUUAUAGGCUAACACGUCCUGACACCGGAGAUGGGCAUCAGUCGCGACUUGUUGUUGGUGAGAAACGGAGCUAAAGACCUCUACUCUCCUAUCAAAGCUGGACUCAUUAAGACUGUACAGAGAAUAUCAGAAAAUAUUCUUGACCAAGGAGGAUACUUGCGCAAAAUUGAAAAUUUAGGAAAUCGAGAGCUACCAUAUAGAAUGAGUGCACAUGGUCGCAUGCAUACAAAGGGAAGUUAUUUUCUUAUUCAUUUUGAUGCUCCUCCUGCUACCAUUGACCCCAUCUGUGACAAUUGCAAUCGAGAUAUUGAUCUUGUAAGGCGGUUUUUACAGAAAGUAGAGGAGCCGCCUACUUUUCAGUGUACAAGGCAUGAGGAAAUUAAACCACCAGCAUACAGAGCUGAGGUUCAGAAAAUGAUAGCAGAGGCAAGCUCAAGAGUUCCAAUUCAUCAGAGGAAAAAAUUCAAAUUUAACACUGGUCUUGAUUAUUAUCCAUUUGGUCACUAAUUGUUAUUUUAUUAAGUUUGAUAAUAUUUGUAUAUAAUACGCUAUUA